GCCGAUAGCCAGGCGCACGUGUAGCCAAAAAAAGAAAAACAUUUCUUUAACUGGUUGCUUUUACGUUUAAAACAUGGUCAGUUCGAAGCCUAAAGGAACUGCCAAAGUGGCCGCCACAGGCGACAAGCCCCCGCCUGCUUUCAAGGCCAACAAGUCGGCCAGUAAGCCCGCCGGAAGUCCAAAAUUCAAAUCUGGUGGAGCGCCUGGCAAGUUCGGGAAACCGGGACCAGGUGGAGCUAAAAAAUUCGGUGGAGCUGGAAAGCCUGGGGGACCUGGAGGAUUCAAUAAGUUCAGCAAACCCGGCGGAGCACCAGGAGGUGGUCCGGGUGCUAACAAGUUCAAUGGGAAACCACAAGCUCCGGCCGAGGGAGAAAAACAGGACUGGGCCAAAUUCAAGAGAAAAAAGGAUCUCAAGCUCAAGCGUAAGAGCUCUAAGGACACAUACGAGAUCACCAAGGAGGCUAAGCAGAUCUACGAAAAGCUGCGAUGCCGUCGCACCGAGAACAAAGACAAGCUGGUGGAGCAGAUCUUUAAGGUCCUGAACGUAGGCGAUACCAUCUCGAAGGUGGUGAAGGCCCAUGACACUGCCCGCGUGCUCCAAUGCAUGCUGAAGUACGCGGCACCAGCCCUGCGGGCGCAGAUUUCGGAGCACCUGCUGCCAUUCACCGUUGACAUGUGCCAGUCGAAGUACGCCCAGUUCUGUGUCCAGCGGAUGCUGAAAUACGGAGCUCCGGCCACCAAGACGAAGCUGAUCGACAGCCUGAUGGGUAAUGUGGUUCGAUUGGCUGGUCACAACAUUGCCAGCGGGCUAUUGGACACCAUGUACCAGGGUGCCACGCCGCAGCAGCGUAUUAACAUGCGGCAGGAGUUCUACGGCGAUCUGUACCGCAAGGCCAAGGAUUCGAAUGUCAAGACUCUGAGCGACACCUACAAGGAGGCCACCAACAUGAAAUCCUCCAUACUGAGCGCCGUUAAGGCGAAUCUGGACCAUGUGGCCAACAAACAACUGGUGGACAGCGCCCUGGUACAUGCCGUAAUGCUGGAAUACCUACGCGCCUGCGACGAGGACGAGGAAAAGCUGGAGGAGACUGUGUCGGCUUUUGCGGCCCUUGUGCCCCACAUGCUGUCCACCAAGGAGGGCAGCGAGGCGGCGGUCAUCUGCUUCUACAGGUCCACACCCAAGAAUCGGCGUGCCAUCAUUAAGAACAUCAAGGAGCACCUGCUGAAAAUCGCCACACAUGAGCACGGCCACGUGUUCCUCAUUUCCCUGCUGAACUCCCUCGACGACACAAAGGCCACCAAGAAGGCCAUCUACGACCACUUGCACGGGGACCUGAAGACGCUGGUGGGCAACCAGUACGGCCGCCGGGUGGUGCAGUGGCUGGUGGCUCCCGGAGACAAGGCAUGCUUCCAUCCAGAGUUCAUUCGCGUGGUGGACGAGGGCCUGGCCUUCGGCAAGAAGGAGAAGGAGCUGCGCCGCAAAGAGAUAUUCGAGCAGAUCGAGGCACCCAUUGCGGAGGCCAUUGCCGAGGAUGCCGCUUUCUGGCUCUCCAACAGCCACAUCGGCUUGGUCACAGCCGACAUCCUAAAUCACAUUGAAGGAGAAUCCUAUGAAAAGGCAGCUGUCGCCUUGGCCCAAGUGGUGGCCCAGCCGGAGUGGAAAAUAUCAGCCGAUGCUGCCGGCGCCCAGCCGCAGGACAAGAAGAAGCCCCACAACGACGUGGAGGCCAUCAUAGCCGAGGCCACCAAGCAGCGCAAGAAGCUACUCAACGAUGUCAGCAGCAGCAGCGAAGAUGAAGAUGAUAACGAAGAUGAGACGGAAGACGAUGGUGCUCCCAAAAUCAAAAAAGCCAAAAAGGCAUCCAAGGAGAAGGCUGAGCCAGAGGUGCCUCUGGUAGUGGGUAUCGAGGAAGCCGGCAUGCACAUUGUUUUAAAGAAGAUUCUGAAGACUGAUGGCAAACGUCCAGGAACUCCGUUCGGCCAGCAGCUCCUGCAGAGUCUCUCCCCCGAAACGCUCAAGUCGUGGUUGGGCGUCAAUCGUGCCUGCUUCGUUCUGGUCAAACUGGUGGAGGAUAGUACCGAUCUGUUGGCUGCCUGCAAGGAGGUCAUCAAGUCCGAGAAGAGUCUGCGCCAGCAUCUGCUUGGCCAGAAGACGCCCGGGGCCAAGCUAUUGGCCACGAAACUGGACUUGAAAAAAUAAUUCCCCUUAGUGCUAGAGAGAACCUAACUCUUUUUUUUGUUUUUUUAAAUUUAAAUACAUAAAUCUUAUAUAUUCA